AUGGCCUCUAAACCAAGCUUAAGAAGUUUAGAUUCACAGCAUACCAUAGCCAGAUUACAAGAGCAAAACACCUUGGAAUCACAUGGAAUCAUUCCGUCAUCGCAAACAAAAUACCAAUUACAGGAUAUAAAGAAAGCAUUAUUUGAAAUGACUCAUGUUGAGGGCUCUGUCAAAGUUUAUUGUAUGAGAGAUACAAAGGUUGAAACUUGGUUGCUGACGGAUGUACGAAUUUGUCUGAACAAGUACCUCGAACCGAUGAAAUGUCCAAAAGUUAAUUAUUAUCGGCGUCGUCGUCGGGUACCGACCCUAUCGCAGCCGCUGCCCUCGCCACAACCAUGUCCAGCAGACGGCAUCAUUUACUUGAAACAGGGACAACUGUCGAAGGGAAAACAUAUUAAAAAGCCUUUUAUAAAAAAAAUCAGUCGCUUGGAGCCUGAACAAAUGCCAGUUGCAACACACAUCACAAAUACGUUUUCUAAAACACGGGAACCGCCAAUGACCUCUGUUUAUUAUACUGUGAUCUUGUUAAUUGUUUUUUAG